UUCGAUGCCAGAGGGCCCAGUGAGACUUUUAUCUUAAUUAACACCUACAUGACGUGGACUGAGGCCCAGAGCUACUGCAGAGAACACCACACAGACCUGGCCAUGGUGAGGAACUUGGAGGACGCCCAGAUAUUACAGAAUCUGGUAUCUACAGCAGGAGAACAAGUCUGGAUCGGCCUUUUCAGAGAUGGAUGGAAGUGGUCUGAUGGAAGUGACUCCUCAUUGAGGAACUGGAAAACUCAUGAGCCUCGUGGUUCCAGUAAGACUGGUGUGGCAGCAGAUUUUAGUGCCGAUGGACUAUGGGAGGCCCUGGACUCUGAUGUCAAGUCAGUGUUCAUCUGCUACAUUGAUGUUGUUCCUGUUUCAAAGCGAGUGGUGAAGGUGAGGCUGGAGAAGAGCAGCUCCUCUCUGGAUCUGAACGACCCUGUGGUGAUGGAGAACCUCUUGAAGCAGCUCAAACAGAGGCUGGAGGACCAGGGGCAGAAAGGCGUCAUCAAGCUGAGCUGGAAGAAGCAGUCGGAUGGAAAAGUCUUUCACAAGGAAGAGAAGGAGACCAAGAAGAGAAGAGAUGAGCUGUAAUGUUCUUUCAACCCACUCUGGUUCUCCCCCUCUUCCUCCUUUUCUUCUUCCUCUCCAUUAAUGGUAGAAAGAACCAAAGUACCCCAGGACCGACCCGUUGCUGUGAAGUACCCUGUUCCCCUC